AUGAUUUCAGUAGUGACUCAAGCCAGCAUCAACUUAUGCCUGAAUUCUGUCCUGUUUGCUCUUAUAUCACUUUCCCUAUUCCAGAAUUUUUUUUCUUUCCUUGAUUUCCGCAUAGGCCUCAAACCGGGCUGCAUGCCAAAUGACAGCGGAUUUUUGACAGUGUACAUUUCACCGAAAUAAACUUGGUCGAAAAUUUUUUAAAUAAUAUGAAAUUUGGUGAAAAUUAACGGCUUUUUUCGUCAAAUGUCUCACUAUCAAAAAGUUUCAACCAAUUUUAGGCCAAAAAUACUUCGGUGAAAUAAACACUAUCAAAAAGGCAAUCUCAUUGGAUCUGCACCCCUCAAAACGAUCACUCAUCUUCUUCAAUAUGAAGAUGUCAGGGGGAAUGUCUAUACCACAUUUUACAAUUUUGAAAGUUUUGCAUGUGGGAAAUCAGAAAUAGACGGAAUCAGAACUGUCUGUGGGAACAUCAUCAACUUUGAAGUUGCCGGGAUCAUUUAUUUGAUCGGCGCAGUUUUGCUGCUUUUUUCAAUUGGGAUCUGUAUUUUGAAUUUGCUGAUGAUUUUGCUUAUGAAAGGAAAUGCGCUGACUAAAAUAAGGAUUCCUCACUUAAUAAAGAGAUAAAUGGUGAUGGAAAUUGGUCUCCAAGGAAAAUUCUAUGAAGCAAAUGGGAUUGAUCCUAAUGAAUUGAAAGCAGGCCUCUGUCUUUUGAAAUAGGUUUUCAUGUUUGGGCAUGCCUUGCCGAAGAAUAAAAUGGGAAAUUGACGGAAAUGGAACUCCGAGGGGCAUCUCUUGAUGGAGCGGUGACCGGAGUGAUGGAUGGAGAAAGUAAGUAGACCAUCUCAAUUGAAAGUCUGCAGCAACUUUUUUUUUUUCUCCAGAAGGUUUUCCUGUCCCUUACCGGAUGGACGAGACAGGCUUUACCUAUCACAUGGAUCCUUCUUAUUGGAACAAUCGGAGUACCUUACAGAUUGCGGCUCUGCCCUAGGAGCUAAUUCCUUAAGCAGCUGGCUGAGAUCUGAAAUCCAAAACGGCGAAUUUUUGGAGCCAAGAUAGGUGAUGGCUUGUGUUUUAUCCGCUUAUGGCCAGCAUAAUCGUUUAAUUUAAUUUUCUCCUGGAAAGUUUUCUUGUCCCUGUCAAGCGGAUAUGACAGGUGUUGCCUAUUACAUAGCCUUCGUCUAUCGGAGCUAUCGUGCACCUGCAGAGUGUAUAACCUAGGAAGCUGAUUCAAGUUAGUCCGACUCAAGAAGGCCGCUUAUGGCUGUGUAAACCCUUAAUCUUAAUCACUUCCUAAACGCAGGAGUUUACAUACUUAUCGCGACUGCUUAUUUUUUAAUCAGCAACAUCGAUCAUUUAGAGCCGCCGAACAAUGAAAAAGUUGACAUCCAAGCAGAAUUCGGCUUAAAGCUGCUCUAUAUAAACUCCGGCCUUGCAAUUUUUACCCUUCUUCACUACACUUUUAUCAAAAAAUUCACAAAUCUCGACAACCGAAUGCAGCUUUGUUUUAACAUUUUUAGCAAUUUGCUAGGCAAAUUGCCUGAAAUAAACCCAAAAACUAAGCUGAUUUCUUCAAGCCAAAGCGAGCCACUUGAUAUCCAGACAGUGAUUCAAGAUAAAGUUGGCUUAGAAAACACGUUAAAAGAAAAAGAAGUCGAAAUCCAGACACUGUACAACAAGGUAAAAUCAAUAGAAAAACAAAUGCAGACGCCAGGAGAUGAAGAAAUUGUGAUUGCCCCAGCUUCCUUAAAAGCUAAAAAGACACAAAAAGUGAAACUCAGAAGCGGAAAAGGGCAACAAAGAAGAGAAGAAAUUGUGGAAAACCCAAAAGAAGAAGAUUUACAAGGACUUCUUCAAGAAUAUACAGAACAAAAAGAUAAAUGGGAACAAGAGAAAAAAGAGCUGCUGCUAACUCCCCCCCCCCCUCCGUGAGUGAACAAAAAAAAUUUUGUUCACUCACGGUUUAAUUUUUUUUUUAAAAAAAUUUAUAUAUAAAUUUUUAUAAAAAUUUUUUUUUUCGAAAUUUAAAAAAAUCCUAAUUCGCAAAAAUUGGAAAGCAAAUAUUAAUUUAAUUUAUAAAAUUUAAGUUUUAAAAAGCAAUUUGUUUAAAAUUAAACAGAAUUAGCUCUAGAUUUCAUUAUACUAAUUAUCACCCAUAUAUCAAAAAUUUUUUCUAUUAAAAAAAAUUUUUGUUCACUCACGGAGGGUGGGGUUUUUGGCAAAAAAAUAGGGAUUUUUCUAAUGGUUUUGUUCACUCACGGAGGGGGGGGAGUAAGGAAACUUGAAGAAAACCCAGACCGAGCUUAUGCACAGUCAGCAGAUCGUGUGAAAAAUAUUUUAGAAGAAAUUAAUAAUAAGCUAGAAGAAAAAAUCGAUGACCCAGAAGACAGAAAAAAAAUCCAAGACGCCAUCAAUCAAAUAAAAAAUAAUUUAAAAAGACCUGGCUCUCCUGAAGAAAUGAGCUGGGAACAAGAAAGAAACAGUCUAAAUGACGUGAUCAAUACUCUUUCAGUUGAGCUUGAAAAGGCUAGAAGCCAAGGAGGAAACACAAAAGCUAUUGUCAAUGAAAAUAAAAGGCUUGCCCAAGAGAACUCAAAACUUCAAGACGAUAAAAAAAAUAUGCAGUCUUACAUAAAUGAGCUUGAAAUACGAAUUGAUGAAAUUCAAUCCCAGCCUGUGUCUAAGCCGCUAUUAUCACAAGACCAAGAAACUUCUGCACAAACACGAAGCUUAAUAAACUCUUAUAAAGCUCAGUCUGAAUCCCAACAAGAAGAAAUUGACCGUUUAACAAAAGCGCUAAAACAAUAUAAGGACCAGAUACUACAAAAUGAAGCAAACUGGGAGAGCUCAGAAAAAAAAAUUAGGGAUAAAGAAUAUCAAAUAAGGAAUAUUAAUGAAAGACUUGAAGAACAAAAAGCACUUUUAGAUGAAAAAGAGGAAAAAUUAAAUUUGGUGAAGAAGGAAAGAGAUGAAACUAAAAGGAUUUUGAGAGAUAAAGAAGAUGAGCUUGAACAAACUAAAGCUCAGCUUGCAAACCUACAGAGGGAGAUUUCUAUUUUGAAGCAAAGUUCGGCAGAGCGUAAAAGUGACCCUGAAAUCGAAUAUUUGACAGCUGAAAAGAAAGCCUUAGAAGAAAGAGUAAGCCAACUCUCAGCUGACUUAAAUAAUCAAAACCAAGAAAAUAAACUGAAUAUUCUGAAAAGUAAAGAAGAAUUGGCUGGAAAAGACCAGCUGCUUGAAGAAGAGGAAAGAAAAAACCGCUUAAAAGAGAAUAAAAUAAAAGGUUUGAAUGAAAAUUUGGAAGAAAUGAGGAAUUAUUUAGAAGAAAAAGACAAUGUUAUAGCCCAAGUUAAAAAAGAAAGGGAUGAAGCUAAAAAAAGAAUCAAAGAAAAUGAAGAAGAAAUCAAUAAUUUGACCUUAGAAAAUUCAAAAUUAACAAGAGAAAACAUUUUAUUCAAAAACUUGCCUGAAGGAAAAAUAGAGCAGACAGAGGCUGAAGCUAUCAAAGUAGAAAAAGAUUUUCUUAACCAAAAACUAGCACAGGUAAGCCAAACCUUAAAGGAGCAAAGAGAAGCUGCAUACCAAAUGGAGCUAGAAAAUGGAAAUUUGGCAGUGCAGAAUAGCCAAUUGAUGAUGAAAAUCCAAAAUACUGAAGAUUCAUACUCCUCCUUACCUCGAAAGCAAAUAAAACCAUUGGAAAAUCCAUAUUUUUAGGAAAAACACCCUCCUAGCGAAUAAAAGAAAAUAUUUUUCGGAAAAUUUCUUAUUAAAAAUAUUUUAUAUAUAUAAGUGAUAAUUAAUUAUUAUAUGAAAUUUAUGCUAAAUUUAAAUAGUUUUCAUUUUAAAAUAAUUUUCGAUUUCCAAUUUUACGAUUUGCCUUUUUAUUAAAUUUCGAAAAAAAUUUCCGCCACCAAAUUUUAUAUAUAAUUUUUUUUUUUCAACCCUUCUCCCUGAGUAGACUAAAUUUUUUUGUUCACACAUGGACGGAGAGAGGGGAGUUAUAAUCAGUUACAAAGAGAUGCAGAAGAUUUAUCAAAGCAGUUAGAAGACUACGAUAAAAUAAAGAAAAAAUUGUCAGAAAAAGAAAAUUUAAUCGACGAACUAUCUCUUGCUGUAGACCAGUAUAAAAAACAAAUUUCUGAACUAAAAGAAAAAAUUAGAGAACUCCAAGAAGCUGAUGAAGAAAAAAGCUAUUUCCAGCAGCAAACUCAAAAACUUAAAGAAAGUCUUGAAGCCACAAAAUCCUCAUUGCAUGAAGCAGAGUCCAAAAACGCAGAACUUUACUAUUCCGAAGAAGCUCGUCAAAAGCUGCAAACCCAAAACGAAAAAUUAAACCAGCUUUUAGAUACCGCGAAAUCUCAAAUUUCUGAAAAUCAAGUUUUAGCCCACCAAAAAGAGUCCGAAUGACUUGCAGAAAAGGACAAACUCUUAGAAAAUCUCAGUCAGCAGCGUAAAGAUGCUGAGGAAGAAAAAAACAACUUACAGCAGCAAAUUCAAAAACUUAAAGAAAACCUCGAAACCGCGAAAUCUGCAUUACGUGAAGCAGAGUCCAAAAAUACAGAAAUCUUCUAUUCAGAAGAAUCCCGCCAAAAGCUGCAAACCCAAAAUGAAAAAUUAAAUAAACUUUUAGAGGCUGCAAAGUCCCAAAUUUCUGACAGUCAAGUUUUAGCCCACCAAAAAGAGUCCGAAUGGCUUGCAGAAAAGGACAAACUUUUAGAAAAUAUCAGCCAGCAGCGGAAAGAAGCUGAAGAUCUUCACCGAUCUAUUAAAUCCAAAGAUUUUGAGCUAGAAGAAAUGCUAAAAACUGCUCAAGAAGAAAAAGAAAUGCUGCAUACCCAAGUAAGCAAACUUGCUGAUCUUCUUAAACUUGCUAAAGAUAAGCUAUUAGACUACGAUAACAGAGAGCUCGCCUGGACCAAAGAAAAAGAAGAGCUUAAGCGGCGGAUUGACACAAAAGAAAAAGAAAAGCAAGAAAUCGAACAAAUGAUAGCAAAUAUGAAAGACCAGUCAGAAGACUCAAAAAAAUCAAUUGAAGAAAAACUGAAGCUUCAGAAUUUAGUAUCAAAACUAACUGAAGAUUUAAACGCUACCAGAAAAGACCUUGAAGAAUCAGUAGGAAAAUCCUAUCGACAAGAAAGUGACUGGGAAAAAGAAAAAAAUGACUUAAUGCACCUCCAAAAUCAGCUUAAAAAAGAAGUAGAACAGCUCCACCAUAGAAUGAAAAACCAAGAAGACUUUUUUGAAAAUGAGCUGCAAUCGUCACAACUUGCAAUAGAAAAGCUUAAGGACGAUUGCAAAGACUUAAAAACUCAAGCAAAAAUACAUCAAGACGAAACUUCGAGACUUAACCAAAUGAAAGAAGUCCUUGAAAAAGAAAUUUCGGACAAAACCAACCAAAUACAAGAAUUGUCACAAGUGUCUCUGCAAGGCCCAUCUGAAGUAAAAGUAAAGGUCUUAGAAGAGCAGGUGUCUGAUAUACAAAAGGCUGCAGGCUAUAAAGUAAAAAUCCUUGAAGAGCAAGUAGCAGAUCUCCAAAGCAGCUUAAAUCAGUCAGAAAAUAGGCUGCAAAGCGUAAUAAAAGAAAAAGACGAGCUUAGAAACGAGCUCAGCAUAAAACACUCAGAGCUUCAAUCUAUAAGUGAAGAGUGCCAAAACAUGCAUGACCAGCUCUAUGAGAUUGGCGAAAAACAAAGAACACCAAAAAGCCCUGACCGCGACGAAAGAUUUUUUAAUCGGUCUCGAGAAGGCAGCUUAGAAAGCAGCUCACAUAGUGCUCAAGAUUUAAUGAUCAUUGAAGGCCUAGCCCCAAGUGUUACACAGAAUAACCCACUGUUAGAAAAUGUUUCUAACCUGCGUAGGGAGCCUCCUAUGACUUAUUCAAAUGUUUGGAAACUAUUUGAAGCUUUAAUGCAAGAUAAAUGUAAGCUGGACAGGCUUGAAAUGGCACUAGGAAGACAGCCACGCACAAUGACGGAAUAUAUGCUAGAUUUCGUAUAUCUUCAUUAUGGGCUAAAAGCCUUAGCGUUAAAGCAGCUGAAAGCUCUGAUAACAUCUUUGGAGCAGCUUUAUAAAAUUGGUCACCCGUAUGGUGUUUUGUUCUGUAGGUUCCUUGGACUUUUCCAUCCUCGUCCACUUCCUUAUCAAGUCUCAAUAUAUGCUUUAAUUGUCCAAGAACAAUUUUCUGUUUUGACUACAAAAAUCAAAGAAAAACCUGCGAAUUUCACUGAGCAAUAUGAAAUUUUGCAGUUUGGAGGCGUCGCUUCAAUUGUGGAUGUUAUGGAUCUCAUAAUGAAAAUCUGCAGAAACAACAGAGAAGCUGGAGAAAGAAUCAUAAUGCAGCUUCAUAGAGAUAGGCCUGACAAGCUAGAAUUGACAAUCCUCAAAGUAUGUGGGACAAUGGCUCGUAUGGGAAAAAGCUCGGACUAUAUUUUUGAAGUCUUAGAUAUAGACCAAGGAGGCUCAAUUGACUACCAAACCUUUAUUGACGGGAUCAGAUUUACACUAAACAUUUGGAUUACCCAAGAAGAAGGUGAACUUUUAUGUGCAUUUAUUGAUGAGCAACAAACUGGCUUAAUUUCUUAUAUAGACUGGUACCAAAAAAUCAAUUUUGUGGAAUUCGCUGAGAAAAUGUACAGUAAGGUUGCUAUGAUAACUAAAGCUGACUUCUUAAAUGCCUUAGUUUAUUAAUAUUAAAAUAAUGGCGUUCGAGGUAUAAGGACUCAAAGGCGCACCGUCUGAUGGAUUGGUGUGAUGGCGAAAGAUGCUCCUAGUAGCUAGACCAUUUCAAUGGAAGCAUGCUGACACAGAGCGCUUUGAUUCUCCCAAAGAUUUUCUGUUCCUGCCAGAUGAGCUAGACAAUUUUUGCCUACCACGUGGACAUAGUUUUCCCUUAUCGGUACCAUCGAGGCAUCUCCUGGAUGGUGGCUCCGCCCUACUAGUCCCUUCGACAAGUGAUUACGUCGGAAAUCCAAAUAGGCAGCCUUCCAUUUCCCUCAUUUUAGUCUGAUAUAUAAGGAUACUGGAUUUUUGGAGCUUCGAUAAGGCGGUAGUUAUUGGUUAUCCGCUUAUUUCCGACAUUAAAUCUUAGUUGAUGAGUAUGAAUAUGAAGUUGUCCAAGACUAUUACCAAUUACGACAGAUGAUAAGGUUCCCUUCACUUGACAUGAAUUCUGUGCUAAGCUUACUGAUGCAGAUUGACCCAAGCCUUGAUGAAGAAGAAGCAAUGAAACUGUAUAAUGAAGCAAGAGAGCACGAAAGAGACGUCAGAGGAUAUGUGAGUCCCGAAGCAUUCUGCAUUAUUGUGCUGAAAAAUAGGGUCGGAGGGUAUGGAAUCGGGAUGUUUGAUGUAUACGCAUUAGACCAAGGGUUGCCGAAAAUCAGCUCUGAAGGAGUGAAAAAUGAAUUGGUUGUAGAAAGAGACUAUAAAGGGAAGCUAGAAGUGGAUAUAAGGAAAAAGUCGAGAAAUUAA